CUUUGGAAAAUGGCGAACCAAGAAGCAGAAAUGACAAUGUGGCAACGGCUUCAGGAUUUGUUGGACCUCGAUUACAACUACGCACCAUGGAACCUCGAGAAGCAUGAACCCUCCAGGUCACUCCAAGAGUUCAGCGAAGGACUGCUCUCCCCAAUCUACGCUUUCGUCAGCUUGUCACAAUCUUUUGACAUUCGUGAAGAAGCAAAGAUCUGGGGUGACAUCAUUUCUGAUGGCCUGAAAGGGACAAGAGAAGGAAACUCUCUCGGGUUCACCAGCAAGUGAUAUGUUCUCGGAAUCCAUUCCAGUGCCGCAAGGCUGUCAAUAACUUUCAAGCAGUCUCUUGCGUUCAAGAGAUUCCCCCCUUCUGCUUAGAUGCAGCAUUGGUUUCUUGGAUGAUCGAUUCAGAACUGAAACACAGGCAGUUUGCUACUGUUUUAUAUGUAAACUACGUUGUGCGAG